CCACUACCCCCAUUUUUCCCCUUUACUUUGAGGUAUAAAUCCAGGUGAUCUCAUCAUGCAGAGAAAAUCGAUUAAGUUCUCAAAACCCUCUAAUUUCCUCUUCCUCGCCAUGGCCUGCCUUUUCUCUAUCGCCCUCCUCUCCCUCCUCCUCAUCUUUUCCCUCUCCUGUGCAAAAUCCAAUCAUCAUCUCCAUCCAUCACCGAACCAGAAACCCAGUCCAACAUUUGCUUCCGCCCCUCCAGUCAUCCGCCAAGCCUGCAAGGCAACCCGGUUUCCGAACUCAUGCGAGGGCGCUCUAAUUCAAUCGUCCAAUCUGACCCAGAAUGCCAAACCCAUCGAGAUCAUCCAAGCGGCCAUGUCCAUCUCGGCUCAGAACCUCAAGACAGCUCAGUCCAUGGUGAAGAACAUCCUCGACAGGUCUUCCGGCAACCUCAACCGUUCCAAGGCGGCCAUGACCUGCCUGGAGGUUCUACACAACUCGGAAUACCGGCUCUCAUCAGCGGCAGACGUCUUGCCACGUGGCAGGAUGAAGGACGCCCGGGCUUGGAUGAGCGCUGCCCUUUGCUACCAGUACGAUUGCUGGUCGGGCCUCCAGUAUGUCAACGAUAGUCAAAUGGUCAACCAAACCAUGGCGUUUUUUGAUUCGUUGAUGGGGCUGACCAGCAAUGCUCUGAGUAUGAUGAUCUCCUACGACCUUUUCCGGGACAAGCUCGAGUCUUGGAAACCCCCGAUGACGGAGAGAUCUGGGUUCUGGGAAGACGGUGGGGUCGGCGGGUCAGUUUCCGGGUACAAAGGCGGUUUUCCGGCGGGUUUGUCUGCGGACGUUACCGUCUGUAAGGAUGAGGGUUCCGGCUGUUACAAGACGGUGCAGGCAGCGGUAGACGCAGCACCCGAUAACCAUUUAGCUCGUAAGUUCGUCAUCAGUAUCAAGGCCGGUGUGUACGAGGAGAUCGUACGGGUACCGCUUGAGAAGAAGAACCUGGUCUUUGUAGGUGAUGGCAUGGGCAAAACGAUCAUUACGGGAUCCUUGAGUGUGGCCCAGUCUGGGAUUACCACUUACAACACCGCAACCGUCGGAGUUUUAGGGGACGGUUUUAUGGCCCGGGACCUGACGAUACAGAACACGGCCGGACCAGAUGUGCACCAAGCCGUGGCAUUCCGGUUGGACAGCGACCUAUCGAUUAUCGAGAACUGUGAACUAUUAGGCAACCAAGACACUCUCUACGCUCACUCCCUGCGCCAAUACUACAAGGGAUGCCGAAUCGAAGGCAAUGUCGACUUCAUCUUCGGCAACUCGGCAGCAGUGUUCCAAGACUCACUCAUCUUGGUCCGGCCACGACAGGUCAAACCAGAGAAAGGUGAGAACAAUGCAGUCACUGCCCAAGGUCGGACCGACCCGGCCCAGUCGACGGGAUUUGUUUUCCAGAACUGCUUGAUCAAUGGAACAGAUGAAUACAUGGGCUUAUACCACAGUAAGCCCAAGGUUCACAAGAAUUUCUUGGGGAGGCCAUGGAAGGAGUACUCAAGAGCAGUCUUUAUACAUUGUAAUCUGGAAUCCCUCAUUAGCCCAACGGGGUGGUUGCCGUGGAGAGGCAACUUUGCCUUAUCAACGCUCUAUUACGGCGAGUUUGAGAAUUCCGGUGCCGGUGCAAAUGUGACGGGGAGAGUGAAGUGGAGUAGUCGGAUACCUGAGAAGCAUCUCUAUGCCUACUCCUUACAGAAUUUCAUUCAAGGGGAUGAGUGGAUCUCUACAUCUUCUUGAUCACUGUACCUCACUGUAGUAGUAACAGUAGUAUUCUUAGUGAUUCAGGCCGGUCGCUUGGUUCCAUAUGUUGUGAUAGUUACAUCUCUAUUAUUGCAAAGAUAAAGUCUUGAUUCAAUUUUUGAUACUGUAACUUUCUUGGACAUGGGUAAAGUUUUGUUGGUGUAUCAUUUUUCAUUA